GCGAAAAACAAUUUUGUGAUAUAAUAUUUUAAGCGAUUAUGAUAAAUAUUUAAGUGACUAAUAAAUAAAAAAGACAAAAUGAGCUCUACGGCAAUGCAAACAACCGAGAUAAUAAAGGAUAACGGAGAAAUUGAUGGUAAAUCAAAAUUAAGAAAAUGGUUAAACAUGAACUUUAGAAUUGAGAUGACUGAUGGGAGGGUGCUAAUAGGUGUAUUUCUCUGUACCGACAGAGAUGCUAACGUCAUUUUAGGAGCAUGUUCUGAAUAUCUGAAGAGUAACGAUGGUGAAACUGAAGAACCAAGAGUUUUGGGUCUCGUCAUGGUGCCAGGGCGUCACAUUGUAUCAAUAAAAAUUGAUGAAACUAUGGAUACUUCUCUACAAAAAUUUUAUUAUGAAGAAUAACACUAUUAAGUCUCAUUAGAUUUAUUUUAAAAUGUAUUUAGUAUGGUAAGUAAUAAAAAACAAUUUUUAUUCA